GCACCGAUUUCAAAAUGGCGGAUCUUCCGAUGACAAUUUUGCUUUGAAAUAUUUCAUGAUUCUGAUGGGAUGAGAAAGGUAUGAAAAAAUAAGUGGGUUUAGAUACAACCGUACGACAUUGCAAUCAAGGACUGUCACAUUAUUUGUUGCUUUUUUCUUAUUCUCUCAGGGUGGUGAUACUUUCCCUGGAGCGGGAUUUGGUCGUAGAUCAACCGUUGGACGAAAUGGUAAAAUUAUCAAUAGUUACUUGAGACGUAGUUGAUUUUAAAAGCAGGAGCAGGUGCUCUAAGCAUGGUUGGAAGUUAAGGUGUACACCACGGAAGUCAAAGAAUGUCUUUAACCAGUUUAAUUCCACUGUGCAAUUUAUUAAAUUUUCCAGCUGCUAUUUAACGCAGUCAUCAGCUGUGAAUUAUUUUUAGCGUGAUAAUCAGUGAAGAGAACUUUCACCACUGUUAGGACUGUGUGAGCUGCUUCUAGCUAUAGUUUGUAUUAUGGCAAUACGGAUAGAUGUAUAGGCAUGUCAUCUCUCUCUGCCUAGCUCUGAUAAGGGGCGAGCGUACCAAUUCACCUAAACAGCUUGGUCUUAUUAUCUUAAAGAACAUCUUGCCCACUAUUUUCUAUUGCGAAUCACUUGUGUCAAUAAGUUUAAUGACAGGCAUAUUCUUUAUCAUUUAAAAUUUAUUACAGCUUCAAACAGAGCAUCUCUGGAUCAGGAUUUAGACUCCAUUUUGAGUGGUGGCAAUGAUGGUAAGCACAGGGUUGUUUCUUUCAUUUGAACUAUUUCUUGCCGCUGUGAAAAAAACUUCUUCCUUCCUUUAGCUAUCCUUUUGUGUCAGUCAACAGUUUUUACUCUAGAUCUGCAGUUUAGCUGAUUCAUUACAUUUUAAUUUUAUUUUCCUGGCUUUGUUUUUGGGUAUGGCAAUGAGUUGAGUUGUAUAAUAAUGAGUUUGAAAGGAAUAUAGAAUUUGAGCCAAGGUUAGAAUUCAACAAGCUCACUUUUUUUUCCAUAAAUGUUGUGACAAGCAGAUAAAGCCAGCAAAAUUCCUCACUCAAGUUCAUUCCUAGAAGUACCCAAAUAUAAGCCAGUCCUUGUUCUUAAAGUAGCCAUUGACAGAGGGGUCAUUAAGGGCCAAUAGCCAGCCAAAACCGCUGGCUAGUUAGCCAUCUUUAGCCGGCUACUUUCAUCUCCUUCUACCAUAACUGCUAACAAAAAAGAAGCACCAUCGAAUAACAUUGUAAAGUAACCGUUUCCCAGUUUUGAAUGACAUUGAACACAGGUUUAGAUCUGAGAAACAUUUGAACUGUGCCAUAUUGUGGAACACCUGGGACAUUUUGACGGCAUUGUUCCCAGUGUUGUGUGUAUUACAACGAAAAAAUAUGGCAUGCGGGAUGGAAAAUACCUCUUGAAAACCCCUGGAAACGCUAUUUGCGAGACUCUAAAUUUCAAAAUGUCUCUAGAUGCCUCAGCCCUAACAAACUUGUGCCUUUGGUGCGAGUUCCAAAGCUGCCUACUAUUCAUUAUCAGCCUGCUUCUUAAAAACUUUUUGACAGCCCUGCCUCAUAGUUUUUUAUUAUAAUUAAGUAAUGGAAAAUCAAACUGUUUCAUGUUUGUUCCAGAGGUCUUCUUUCUUUCUUUUCUUACUGGUUUCUAACGUUUGUGUGUAUAUUGUGUUGUUUACAUGACAUUUUUGAUGCAGGUUUCCAGCAACAAUCCAAAGGGAAGGGUUCUGUUGGUAGUCACACUACAAGAUCUGUAAGUUUGUGUCAAGUUCUCUUGGAGAUCAGAAGAGUACACAAUAAUGUACUCAUUCAGAAUUGUCGUUUUGUGAUACUGUAAUACCAUUCAGUAUUUCUGAUAGAAUUUAGUAAGCAUAUUAUUUUCUUCUUUCUUUUUGCCUCUAGGCUCCUGGCAAAAAAGGGUCCUUAACCUCAAAGUAUGUAAAUAUUUAAAUUAAUUAACAAUUAAUGAAUGAGGCUGAGUAUCUUAUGAAGAAUUAAGGAGAUCGAGGAGGGUGUUAUCACGGCCGAGGCAGAUAACACCCUCCGAGAUCUCCAUAAUUCUUCAUAUGAUAUGAAAACCGAAUUCAAUAAUUGUUUUAUUAUUCAUUCAAAAUAAUUCCUAGUUUAAAAACAUAGCUAAAACAAGCUUACCUGUAUCUAUGUUAAGUUUUUCUUCAAUAGUUUACGUUUAGGUUUGUCCAACUCCGCAAAUAUUCUCCAGAUAUUUGUAUUUGUGUUAGCAUGGUGACUAAACCUUGAUUAAUGUUAUUCAUCUUUCAAACAACUCUGCUUUGAGGUAUAAUUAUGCACCUUUUUAUUCUAGUGCAACAGAUGAAGAUUUUUACAGCAGUUUAGCACAGAUGGCUGGUGAAGAUUUUGAUGGUGAUGAUGAUGAUGAGGUAACUAAAAUGGGUGUUUGUCGAGUCCAUGCUUGUCUACAGGGAUGGUACAAUGGCUUUCAAAUCCCUUAAGGGGAUUGGCUCCAGACUAUCUAGCUAAAAAAAUUCAAAACAAGGUCUGAAAUUCAAGCCAGAGACACAUGCACUGAGAGUAAGAUUGACAUUCCAGGGUACAGAACAAACGCGGUCCAAAGAACCAUCAUUAUCAGGCCGUUUCAUUGUGCUACUCUUUACCCAAAAGGCUCACUAUAAAAGCAAAAUUCAUUGUAUUAUGCCGUGCGUUUUGCAUAUUUUGGGUUUUUGUUUUCCGUCAAUCAUCUCACCAGACUUCUUAGGAAACACAUAUUUACUUGCACGAGUUCAAAAGGAUUCGUGAUUGGUGGAUUUUGAUCCGUUUUGUUUGUUUCGCGUUUCAAGGUUCGUUACUUUGUGAUCGUCCUGUUUCGGGCAAUAUUCAACUAGUUAAGUUUGCUUUGCAGAUUUUUAAGAUCUUUCUCAUUCUUGUCACUUGCAAAAAUAAAGCAACAUCUGCCUCCUUUUUUAAUACUUUGACAAAAAAUCCACUCACCUGCGCGAUUUCCUUCGCUAUUCUUGAGCAGUCUAGAGUCAUUCUCAGCCAAGCCGGGUGAGCAUGUUACAUUGUGAUUUGCAUUAACCCCGCCUUCACUAAAAUUAUUGACAGAACAGAAAAACCAAAAAUCCUCUUUAAGUUUGCAAAACACGCAGUGCGAUACAACAAAUUUCACGGUAAGUUAAGAAAUAUUGUGACAUUCAAGAAGGAACUUAUACAUUAUUUCAAAUUGUCUCAGUAAGCAGUCUAUGUUUUUUUAAGACAGGGGUUGCUUACUUUUCUCUUUGUAAUGGAGGGAAUAAGAGGCGAUGUUAUUUAUACCUUGUGAACAUAUAGUCUUAUUGUUUUAGUUUUUAAUUUUUUUGUACUUUUUAACAGAUAUUUUUCUUCAUGAAAUCGGUGUUUAUUACUUUGAAAAACCAGACUUGGAAAGUAAUAAAGUUAUUGUUAUUAUUAUUAAUAAGUACACUGCACAUGUAUCACACUUUAAGUGAUAUUUCUAAAAACGAAAUUUAUUGUAAUACAGGAUUCAUACUACUCUCGGAAUUCCUUGAAAACAUCUGGAAUUUUCAAAUUUCAUUUCAUACCCCAAGAAAACCCCUUGAAUAUUAAUGUUCAAGGAGUUUUGCACCCUGGGAUUUUCUGAUCAUCUUAGAAGCACAACAUUAUCAUGCUCCUAGAAAGGACGAGAAAGGUGAAAGCUUUGGGAAAAAAAAACAGGUUGUGAUAUCAAACUUUUCAUGCUUACUUGAAAUUAUACUUACUAACUUUCAUUUGAUUGUUUAGUCAUUUUCAGAAGCAGAUGCAAAGAAAAUGGCAGACAGCCUUGCAGUAAGUAUUUGAAACAACAUUUACAUGAAGUUUUAUUUCAUUUAUAUUUUGUUGUACUGAUGUACUUAAAUUUGCUAUUUCAUCGAUUUUCUUCAGGGACUAGAUGAUAUGGAAUCUGACCUCUUUGGAGGAUCACUGGGAAAUAAAGCAACCCCAAGCAAAUCUUCUAAACCCUCAAAGGCUGCAGCCCCAGAUUCCAAAGAAAAGCUGAAGACUGAUAAAAAUCCACCAACUUCAGGUGACCCAGCUGUAAAGUCUGCAAACAGCAACGAGACACAACCACGUCCUUCCUCAUCAGCAAAUGGUAAGAUUGAUUAACUGUGAAUUUCCUGUAAAUUAGAAUGGCCAAAUAUGUUAAAAUUUUAAAAAAAAUCUUGGAACUUGGGGAAGAGCCUCGCCGUAUAAAAUUUUUUUGAGUACCCCCAAGAGGUAACAUUAGACCUUCUGGGUCCCAUGAAACCAGAGGUUAAUGGGACUCAGUUGACCUCUUUGUAUCCUUACUGCCAGACUUUGCAUAUAAUUCUAAUUUGUAGUUUUUAUUUAUAACAGCUGCUGAAUCCUCAGAAAAAACAGACACAAAACGUGAUUCUGCUAUCACCAAGCCAAAGGAAGCAAAUAAACCAAGAAAAAAGUUUGAUUUUGGAGGUAUAUAUGUGGUGUGGAAAACAAUCUUUGAUGAGGAUUAUUUAUCAUCUAAAGUUAUUUGUUUUUUUUUAAGUAUUGGCAUGUUUCCUUUAGAGUUUGAUGAGGAUGAUCCUUUAGCUGGUCUCUUAUCUGAUGAAGAAGAUGAUCCUGCUUCAAAGCCAAAGCCUAAGAAGACCUCAACUCCAAAGAACACUUGCUCUUCUGGAAUCUCUAGUCAAGGUGUGCUGCUUGUCAUUCAUUAUUUUACAAUGUACAGUGAAUUUCAAAUGGUCCAAUAUACAGUUCAGCAUCUUGCAAGUAAAAAAAGAUCUUACUCUAGUGUAGUAAGUGACACAGGCGGCUUAGAAGAAAAAAUCCAAGUAUUUCCAACAGGAGUUAAACCUAUGUCCUGCUGGUUAUUUGUCCAGAUGAUCUACCACUAAGCUACAAGAGACUUGUUGGACCUAAGGUCACUAAACUAGGCUCUUGUGACAUUGUACAGAAGCGCAUUUUGACAUUCGAGAGUCUCAGCAGUGUGCAGGAUCUAUGACACAUGAACCUACAUGUAGUUUAGUGGCCUUAUCUCCUGAGUCUCUUGUAACACAAUGGUAGAGCAUCUGGACUAAUACUCAGAAGGUCAUAGAUUCGAAUCCUGUUGGAAGUACUUGGAUUUUUUCUACUGAAGCGCCUGUUUUACUGACUGAAAAAACAUCUCUCUCAUAGAUAUCUGUAAGUAAGAGUAACCUCUUAACCUUGGUCCCUCUUUCUCUUGUCUUGUGAAUCAAACCGAGGGGCUGUCCUGGUAAGCCAAAAGGGUUUACUCCUUGCUCUUUUAAGUAAUGUCAAAAUAGGUAAACAUGCAUACUUGUAAGUAAAUAAAUGUUACUUACUGAGGAAAAGAUUGACUGAUUGAUUGAAUGAACUUCUGUACAUCACUGUGCACAAAUGUAAGGGUGUACAAUUUGUGCACAAACUGGUUUGAUUCUGAGACCUUACUCUGUGUUUGAGACUGCUCUAGCAGAGCCCGGUGGCCCCUAGCGCUUAAUUUUUGCUACUGGGUGACUAAGAAAUCUCAGAUUUUUCAUAGAAAUCAUAUGCUGGGCACCCUGGAUUUCACAGGUUUAGAGAACUGGGCUGCCUCCUUUCAGGUUUUCUUAGAGCACAGCUUUGUACUCUAAUUUUAGGUUCCAUUGAAGAAAGACCAAAGUCCUCAAGAGGCCGCCAACCCCCCACACAGGAGUCUGCAAAUUUACAAUCACCCCCUGCUACACCAGAGCGUCAACCAUCUGUCAGGGGGGAGAAAGCUGAAGAAGGAAGUGCACUUUCUCCUCCCCGCUCACCGGAGGCUAAAACAAAUAGCAAGAGGGAAGAUCUAGAAUCUCCUAAGGGUACCCCUCAGAAAAGAGGAAAACAAACAUCUGGUAAGCUUUGUGGUGUCUAAACGUUUAGAAAAAUGGUCUUGUUUCAAUACAAAAGGAAAGAGUGCCAGAUUAUGCAUUUUUGUAAAUAACCUUAUGAAUCAGCACACUCAAGAAAGUACUUCUUAUACUAAAUGAAAGAAUCUUGGAUUUUUCUGUAUUUUUUGUUGUUGUUGCUUUUAGCACAGAAAGCGAAAUCAAGCAAAGAUGACAUCAAUUUUGAUUCGGAUGAAGAUCUGCCAGGCCUUGAUGAUUCCACAGAGAAAACACCAAGAGAUUCACCCUCGCCUCCCCCACGAAAGAAAUCAGAACGUGCCAGUAGACGAAAUAGCAAGGGUUCCGAUGAUAUUUUUGGUGGUGAAGAUGAUUUGCCCGAUACAGGUAUUGAAUUAUUGAAAUGGAGUAAUGCAAUACAAAAUUCGCCAACAUUUGACAAAUUGAACGUGAUGGAACAAGAGCGAAGAAGUUUGAAGCAGCGCAAUCUCACUUUUUGUCUGACGUUUUUGCUGCUGCCACUACCGUAGAUGCUAAAACUCCCUAUUUAGUGAGAGUUAAAUCGCACCUUUACGUCUUCUAAAAGUAGCAAUUGAGUGGCGUGUUGCAUUGUUAUCCUAAACAGAGACCAGAAGUGAAAGCCCUUCAAGACAAUCCCGAUUCAGUGAACUGCUGGGUAAAAAGGAAAAAAAUGAACCUAAAAAACAAGCUGUACCUAAAUCACUGGAUGAUUUCAUGGCAAAUAUCAGCAGUAAAUCAAAUACUGGAUCAAGUGCAGCAAACAAGAAAGGUGUGGUACUAUUUUGAUGAAAUUAAUAUUGCCUCUACAAUCAGAAGCCUUGCGGCUCUUCAUCAGAUCCUUUAAUUUAAUUGGACCCGAGUUGUUUUCGGGCCAGGUUCCAUUAUUAACUUUGUUUGUUCAUUGUUAGUUCCCGAGCAAUCCAGUGUGGUCUUCCAAGAGCAGCUCAAGUAGUGUCCUUAACUUAGGCUUUUUGUAUAGGGUAGUUAAUUUAGGACAUCUAGUAAAAGUACUGUAUUUUUAUUUUAAAAAAGAGGCUUUAAAGGCUUGUUUAUAGUGGAAAGUGCACUUAGCUUAUCCAGCUAGUUUACAGGCACUCCACUCAAUUACUUAGAAACAAAUAAUUCAAAUACAACAUAACAGGGUUAAAAACCCCAACUGUCAGGAGGCAGCCAGUUGGCUAUUUACAAGCGUGACCGAGGAUUUGAACUCGAGACAACCGAGAAGAAAUCCAGCAAGUGGCCAGAGCGGGACUCGAACCCGGGACCGCCGCAUUGCGAGACGCGCUAACCACUCGACCACCUGGCCUCCCUGCCACCGUGCCUCUUUAUAAUGUUUAAAUACCGUAUACCAUGAUGAGAACCUAAUUAUGUACAAUAAUGUAUCGUUCAGUUUCUAGUCCUACAUCUGAAGAAUCGUUCCAGUUUGGAGGCUAUAUGCCUUCAGCGGCCUCUAGUGGCUCAUCUCGUAGCCGAGGAGGACUGGCCAGACCAGACACAGCCCCUAGCUCCAGCAAGCGGUCCGUGAGGUUUUCUGAUGAACUGGGACUAAACGACGAACUGUUCGGAAAUGAGCGACCCUCCACUGCUCCUGGUGAACGAGCAGACAGAAGACAACAGAGAAAAGAGGAGAAAGAUGAUACAAACACUGGAUCAUUGCUUGAGGAUGACAAGAAACCACCUUUGGGAAGCAAGCAAACAAGGCGGCAACCAAAGGUUAAUGGUGGGUGCACAAAGACAAAAUGACUGAUUUUGCUGUUUUUAAACUAUUUUAUACUAUUACGUUUCAACGCAGUAUAGACCGUAGGCAGGUGUUUGAUUCGAAGGGGUGCGUGCGUGCAAUAAGGCCUAACGUAACUCCUGAUCUGAUACCAAGUUCUUGCUUUGGUUUAUGAGAGUGGUAUCUUGGUAUCAGGUAUCUUUUCAUUUGUAAGAUUUUCAAAGGUGAUGAGCUCCUAAAACCGCGAAGCAAAAAGAGUUUCUUACAUUAAAUGACGCUUGCACUGUAUUUUAGUGGGUCGAGUUCAAUUCGUAGCAUAUUGGAGAGGGUAGCUUUCAUAUUAGGGAGCUUAAGCAACUUGGCGUUUUUGAGACACGCUCGUCAACCGGAAGUCAGCUCUUUUGCCUUUUAAUACGCCUUGAGUCUUUUGACGCUACCAAACUUGUAUUGCUAAGUGUCUUUACUGGCUGUUAUAGAGACGAUUUGCCAGAAAAUAAGGGUAGAACAACUGCCCAAGAGUGCGAAAGGCUACUUCCAGUUGCUGUGCGUCGUUCAAUAACGUCUUUGCUGAAGCCCCCUAUUAUUUCACCGAUCCCGUACCAGUUAAUGCCUAAGAAGUAAUGCUUUGCAGUUUCAGAAAGCAAAGUAUAAGAGGCUUCACACCUCUUGCCUCCGAGACGUAUCUAGCACUACAGAUGUGUUUUUCCGAGUUUUGAUUUUCUUGUUUUGGCCGGUCUUUUGUGAUAUUCGUUGAUGAAUGGCUCAUGCAGAUUAAGUGUCUGAUCAUGAUAUUUUUAUGAAUUUCAGAGAAAGAUACGCCUGAACCAAAGAAGGAUCCACAAGCUGAAAAACCUAAGUCAGCUCCAGCAUCAGGUAUUACAGGCUGUGAUUCUUUCUUAAGUAAUAAUUCAACUCAAUUGAUGACGGUAACGUCUACAGCAUUUUUGCACUAGGCAUACGCAGGUUUUGACCAAAUUUUAAUUGGUCAUUUUCGAGUUCCAAAAACUCUCACUUUAUGCAAAACCUUUCUUGUGAAAAUGAGUUUUCAUUUACCACAGUAGAAACUGAGCCUAGUGACCUCUCGCAAUGGCUUCUGGGACUGUUAUUGGGGACAGGGAAAACAAAUUGGCCAAUAGCUGAAUAGCGGGUCCCCAGUAACGAUCCCAGAAGUCUUUGCGAAAGCUAACUCGACUCAGUCUCGUGCUCUUUUUUAAAUUGGCUCAGCCUCGCUUUGAAACAGAGGUUUUAUCGUGACAUGGUUUAUUACAAGGUACUCUGUCUGAAGUGACUUAUAUACUUACUAAAAACUUGAACUUAAGUGGAGAGCUUAUUGUCAAAAACUAGAGUAUGUAUAAAAAUAUGAAAAAGUAAUUGUCAUAUAUAUUCGUGCGGCUGAAUAGCCAGUCCCUAGUUUUCUUUGAAAAAUUGCUUUUUUUAAAAGUAUUUCAGCAACCACUGAAUUCUUAACGAUGAUCAAACACGAGUGAGAACAGUCCGAUUCGGAAGUUAAAAUGACGUAGCUCAAGAUUCGACAGAGUCCAUUCUUGAAGAAAAUUCAUUGAUAACAAUUGCAUCUGUCUGCAGGAAAAAAAACGAGCGGAGGUGGUGCUGGUGGUGCGGACUGGCUGGGACUGGGAGGUGAUGACGAUGGAGGCCUGGAUCUAGGCGCUGGUUCGUUAAAACCCAGCACACCAUCUUCUCAGGAAGGCAGAAAAGAUACGUCCACUGCGCAAGGUAUAUUCCUAAGAACUAUUAAUAAGCUAUUUAUUUUUUAUUGUCAUCCUACGUCCUACCUAUGCGCUUAUACUUUCACUGCAGUCACUGCAUCACCUAUCAAUGGUAAAAAAUUGUAAUCAGCGAGACCCGUAAGACUGAAAUAAUGAUACGAAGAUGUUCGUUUCGAGAGAGCUUAAUUCAUGAAGUGUCCAAUCAGCAUGAUGGGUAAUAAUGCGCAAUGUCACGUGUACCCAUAAACAGCUAAGCUCAUUCACUCAUUAGGAAAUAAGCAGUUGGGGAAGAAAAUGAUGAUUGGUCGGUGGGGGUUGGAAGGUUCUCUCAUGUCUAAGCUACAAAGCUACAUCAUAAUACGGGAGGUGUCACUAUGAGGGCUAUCCAUAAAAGAAGAGAUUCACAAUGUACAGAAAUCAACCAUUUAGCCUCAUCUGUUGUUUUCAGCCCCCCCUGAUCGUCAUGGCAGGCAAUCAUCACCACCUAGGAGAGCUGGACGGUACAGGGGGGAGGGCGAUAAUGAUGAGUUCCUACGCAUGCUAGGAAUCACUCCUGAUGAACCACCUAAACCAAAACAAGUUGAAGCAACUGAUGAAGGCGGCAAGUAAGUAAUUAAUACAAGGACAACAAUUUUCCACUCUUACCGACCAUAGAAAUGAUGUCAAAAUGUUAAAAACUCACGUGGAACCACGAACCGCAGGCUUAGUGGUUUGACGGUAAAGUUUUGAAAAUAUUGACGACCUCGAGGUCAUUUCUAUGGUCGAUAACAGUAUGGACCAUGGAAAAUUGUUGUCGAUUUGUUUGCCGUUCCAUUUUCGUUGACGUUUCUCGGGAAAUCGCGCCCAAGAGAAAGAGAAAAGGCAAUUGCUCCACCAUCACGUCAUUUCCUAGUCAGUACUCUAGCUCUCGACCAAUCAGUGCGCGAAAAAUCGCUCUGUUAUGGUCAAAAGAUUUUUGACCUCAGAAUAGUCUGCAUAUGCCACCCUUCUUCCCCAUCUUCAGCUAAAUUAUCUAUACUCUAAUGUGCAUUUUGUUUGAUUCAGCGAUAAGAACUUUUGGUCAAAGAGACUUAUUGAGAGACUGACCGUUUUAUUGAUAACUGAUCCACGCAGGUCAUCCUUGCUUCCAUGGGAGUCGUCAGGAGGUAGUCCCAGGAGAGGAAGACGAUGGCGUGAUCAGGCAUCACAGCAAAACUCCAUAGAUAAACCAGACAACGCAUCCACCCAGGGUGGUCCUCUGGAUAGGCCACGUGAAGAAGCUACGGACGGUGGACUCACAGAGAAUGAAAUACUGACGCAGAGGGGUAUGGAAGAUAAAAGAAAAGCGUCAUUCAGCCAAGAAACACCGAGACCAGUUACCGAGCAACAGCAACAACAACAAGUUAAAUCUCCACAGCACAAUGCGCAACAGAAUAUUGUGGCUUCUACUCCGCCUGUGGUAAUGCCUGAGUCAACUCCAUCACAUCCUGGCCUUACUCACCACCAGUCGCCAUAUGCAAUCCAACAAGGUAACUUCCCUCCACAAGUGGCAGCCCAACCCUACACCCCUCAGUUGUAUCAUCCCCAGUAUCAGCCCGCUCCUUUUGCCUCCCCUGCCAGUCAAAGUCUGCCCCAGUCCAUUUCGUACCAACUUCAGUACCAGUCUCCUGCUGGAUUCCAAACUUUGCCCCAGACCCCACCGGCCUCGUUACAGACCACUCAGCUCUCUCCCGGAAUUCCCCAACCGUCUUCAUUGGAGAGGCUUGAAAUGUCGAAACUCAAAGCAGAAAGCGACCUACAGCAGAGCCGGUUGAUGGAAUACCAGGUAGCGAGUGAGUACCAAGAGCAACAAAAGACGCGUCUGGAGGAGGAGGUGAAGGAUCUGGUGAAAAGAGUUCAAAAUAUGGAAGGCAUCAGGCAAAAGAAAGAUCUGGAUGCCGCCAGUAAGAUAUCAGAGCUAGAAGGAAAGGUAAACAGUCUUUUUUUUAAAUACCAGCCACUGAACACUUAGGAGCCUUAAAAUUAGAACUAUGUCACGGGUGUCCGUUCAUUUUAUUUAAAAUGCCAGUUACGCGUCGUUAUUCGCUACGGAACUUGAGAAAUUACUUCUAUUCACUGUCGCUGCGCUCAGCCGAUUAGAAAAUAUUUCUGUUAUAAGUAUGAACAGAAAAAACGACACAAUGAUACAUGGAGAGAACCGCCAAGCAUUAUAUCAAACGUCACAAACAGCAAAAAUAACUUUGAAAAACCUUAGGCUAACAAGGUAUCAAAAACCACGCCAGGAUCGCAAUCCGUUUCCAUCUUCCUCAGACUUGUCCAUCCGUGCCUCCUUUUGUAUUUGCUGUGUUAUUUAUACCAUCUUUUAAAGUCUUGAACAGUUAUUUUUAUGUCAUUUCACUCAGUUUGAGGGCAGCAUUUUGAUAAAAUUCGUGACAGCUCCAGAACGUGGUCCUGCGUGCCAGAUAGAAUUGGAAUUUGGAAUUGUUAGGAAAAACUGGAGUAUGCGGCGAAAAGCCUGUUGAUGCAAGGGAGAGCCAGGAAAAGUCUACAGACAAAGUUAAAAUUAAACCUAGAAUAGGACAAAAUGAUCAGAAAUUGUGAGCGGUUUAUCAUAACAAAUGAGAUAGAAGUGAGUUAUCUGGCUCCAGUGGCGACUGUUUUAUUCCUGUUGUUAGGUUCGCCGUCUGGAGCUUGAGCGGGAAGAACUGCUGACUACAAUAGAGUCACUUAAGACGAGACACAAGGAUGAAAUGGCUAACAUCGAUACAUCUCACAAGUAAGAUAAAAACAAGAUAGAAGAUUAAGACUCAUGCACAAUUAACACGUGUUCGAAUCUUCAAAAGACCUCGCAACCUCAUUAAAGCAUACUUCGCUUACAAGAGGGGGAUUUGUAGAAAGUCUAUAACUAUGUUAGCAACCCCGCCACUGUAGUUGAGUUGACUCGGUGGUGUUGUGGAUAUCAUGCUCAACUAUAGCCUGCAUGGCAGGCGUUAAAAGGGGAAGGGGGUCUCGCGCCCUAAUUCCCUUCCCCUUCCCUUUCGAACGCCUGCCACGCAGGCUAGCUCAACUACAGACUGGUUGACGCAGGUUUGUGUCCUGCUCGGGAGAAAAUGUUUUCUUUCUUUCAUGAGGUGUAUGCCGCCUCUAAGGUCUACACUGUUUCUUCUAUUUCUUUUUCUCUAAUUUAUAAGAUCACAUUUGAAGACGCUGGAAGAGUCCUAUCAGCGGCGAGAACAAAGACUCAAAGAGGAGACCGAUCUCAUCAUCGCCCAAAACAGUGAAAAGUUUAAGAACCUUGAAAGAGAAAAAGCUGAUCUACAAACUUCGAACAACAGAAAAAUUUCUAUUCUAGCAACCGGGAAAAACAAUGAGAUUGAGUCCCUAAAAGACAUUCACCGAAGAGCUUUAGAUCAAUUACGUCAAGAGCACGAAGAGGAGAUUGCGCAGUUAAGAAGGCUCAAGGAACAGGAGGUGUCAGCGGCGACAAGUGCCCAUGCGCACACCAAGUCUCUUCAGUCUCUUAUGGAUCAAGUGUUAAACUCAACUCGUCAAGUGAGCGAUUUGCGUCAAAAGAUCGAGGUUACGCAUAAUAGCGGGCUGGAAGAGCGGGAACUCUCGGCGAGGGCCCGGGACGAGUACCUUAAACAGCUGCAGGAGAGGUUGCUUAGGCAGCAGUCGGAAAAUGAUGAGGAAAGAGCCAGGUUACAAGGCGAGUGCAUUAUAUAGCGUUUGGGAGGUUCUCUUUGAAGGAACUACAGGCCCUUUGUGGCUAGAUCAUUCGUGUGGUACAAAGCCGCUGUGAUGCACCGGGAUGGAUGAAACUAUCCUAUCCUAUCUAGAAGCUCACACUUCAUUUAAAAUGCUAAUUUCCUUUGUUUGUCUUGUUCAGUCCCAGUGUAUCCCUUGCUCUCCAAUGGUAGUUUUGUGUCACGUGAAUGACUAGCUAGAAAGGGAAAUUUCCGCGUGUAACUGCCAAUUUUAUCAGGAAACCGCAUGUCAGUUUAGAAACCGAAUUAGAAAGAUAAUACGCAUAUUUGAAGAUUCGAAUUUAGUGCAAUCAAAAAUAAAUAAUAACAAUACAGUCAACCCCGCUUAACCCUUUAAGCCCCAAUAUCCACAUACAAAUUCUCCAAACUGAUCUCCAUACAUUUCUUUCAUGAAUGAAUUGAGAGAAUUUGAUAAAAGAUCAAAGCAUUUUCCCUUAGGUGAUCAUUUUGUUAAUUCUCAUAACCUAAUCUCUCGACAUUGUUUGGAUAGUGUUGGGAGAAAAUUGAUGUUGGUCACUAUUGGGACUUACAGUCAAACCAGGUCAAGCGUUCCCGUCGCUAACGAACUAAUGAAUUCAUUCACGGAAAAAUGAUUUCUUUUGUUGAUUCAAUAAUCCAUUCAUAAAAUGAACAAUCCAAUAUUCAUAUUUAGCCUCGAUUCCAUAAUCGAAUGUUGAUUCGAUUACUGUUUUUUGAAAAACUACACUUUCCACAAGUUGACCUCAGAAUUUUGUUUUUUCCUCUUUUUUUUCUGAGAGUCGAGUGCCGGCGAGUUCUGAAGUUCAAACCCAAACAAACUGUUACAUGUACGCCAGUUUGCUGCCAGUAAUCAGUGCAACAGACCCAGGCCUGACCUCUUAGAAAACACAACGGUCAAACUAAGGUCAGUGUAUGUGCGGUGAUUGGUGGAUUUCGAUCCUCGGCCUUUGUCAGUUUCUCAUAGUUUCUUUGCGUUUGCGGUCUGUCUAUUCUAGCUGUUAUUUUGAUUAAAGGCAAUGAAAAACGCAAUCGUAAACGGCAGGAAAAAGGAAGCAAAUACGAUUGAACACAACAGACAAGAAUAAAGAACAGGUAGAUUUUGCUCAUAAACCAAAUCAACAUUUGAUUAUUGAAUCGAGGUCCAAUUUGACUGUUGGAUUAUUCAUUUUAUGAAUGGAUUAUUGAAUCAACAAACGAAAUUAUUUUUCCAUUAAUGAAUUCAUUAGUUUGUUAGCGACGGGAACGCUUGACCUGGUUUGACUGUAAAGGGUUAACACAGGCACCUCAUUAUUACGGACAGUUUGCUUUGUCUCUCAGAAAAAAAAGACCCUUACAUUUUCAACCGGAUUUAUACGGAUACCCCGUAAUUACGGACAUUUUGUAUAGCCCCUCCGUGUCCUUAUUAACGGGCUUUGACCGUUAGUAAAGUCUUCUAAUGUUUUUUUUUCUUAUUAUGGGUCCGAUGAAUUAUUGGCUUGUUAUGUACUAUAUAGGCUUAGUCGCUAAGAUGGAACUGCACAUGCGCGAGCAGACACGUCAAGUGGAUCAAGAAAGAUGGCGGCUAACACAGGAGGAGUCACGUUUAAAGGCUUUACAAGCUGCACUGGAAGAUGAACGGCGUAUCACUUUGGAACAGCUGUCUGCACAAAGAGCUGAGGUGAAAAGAGACGAGAAUUAUAACAUGAAUGUUUAACUUACAAAAUUAGUUGUAGAAGUUGUUUCUGUUAGUCUGAGAACAAAUCUUUCUGAUAUUAUCAACGUUGUUCGUUAAAGAGAAUGAUGGGGCGGGGAUCUGACAUUCAGUGAUAAGUUUGCAGGAGUCUUAAACGUCGAAAACGCCACUAAGAAAGUGACUUCUUUGAAACUUCUGCGCUUUGUCAAAAGUAGGAUUUGAUUUCCUGAGAAAAUUAAUGAAGUUCAAAAAGGGAAAAAGAAAUUCGUGGUCGUUUGUUUUUUGAAAUCGUGAAAUUAGGAAAUUUUACGUCCUAGUGGUGCAGUGACGGCAAAGAAAUGUACCAAAAAGUGUACCGAAUAGGUAAAGUUGUCAGUGUUUUUGCUAACCUAGAACCUACUGCUUGUUUGACGUUCCCGUUGCCGUCGCCGUCGUAAAGACUGGUUAUGCGAUGCUUUCUCGCGUUGUACUGUGAAAUCCAUGAUCCCACGAGUGACUUGAUUUUACUUAGUUUGGCGGGUGUGUAUACAAAGAAGAAUCAAGUCACGAGUGGGAUAUUCACGGUAUUCCACGAGAAAGCAUCCAUAAGUAAUUCAUUCCAUGCAAUCAUCACGACAACUAAAAACAAGAUACAUCCCCCAUCAGAGGUAAACUCAAAGAAAGCCACUUUUAGUACUAAAUGUAAUCUGUAAACACCAAAGUCCAAAUGGUCGACAUAAAGUUAGUAUUCCCCUCCCUCUACUAUAACCUGCAUCUGCUUCUGGUGGGAUUUCAUUGGGCUUGUUGUUUCGAAAUUCGGAUCCCGUCGGUCUUCGCAACGCUGGUUAACUGGUUUUUAUUUGUUGCUCUCGGCUAUUUAGUUCCUUAGCUUAUUUGCCCGUUGUAGGCUUUUUGAUUUCUUUUUGUAUUACUUCUUUAACUUUGACUCCAUAGAAGUCCGAAAGGUAGUUAAAACUCGGGUUUUACGGUGAUUUUUAAAGAUGCUUCUGGUAAUUUUUGUAAAGUGAAAAGUUGUGGCUGUCGUUAUCUGCUUUGUUUUUGGUGGGGAAAAGUAAAGGCCGCGAGCAUCGCCGGGAUUUUUGGGGAAAUACCACCCGUUGCAUACUGCAGAUUAUGCAACGGUUUUCUAGCUUUCUGAUUGGCUGUAUUCUUUAUGGCAUGGAAUAAAACAUUUUAAACUCUGUAUUUCACAUAUAUUUAGGUACAGCGAGCCCGGGACGAUCUCGUGCGAGAACAGAGGAACACCAUGAGUCAAAUACAAGAAGAACGCAGAACGUUAGCCACCGAACGAGCCCAACUUUCAUCGGCCCACAGAGACCUGAUCAGCAGAGAAAAGUUAAAGACUGAGACGAGCGUACAGGUAUCCAAUUAACUUUUGAGAAAUGUGGAGUUUCAUAACACAAAAAGGGAGAUCUGAUACGUGUAUCUCCGCGUAAUCUACUGUGUAACUUGAGUUAACUUUCCAGCGUUUUCCAAGGAAAGGAGAACUGUCAACUUUUGUCAUGUUUUAUUCUUCAUAUCUUUUUAUUUUGGGGGGUUAUUACACUGUAAUUGUAUAGAAUCUAGUUCGCGAAUAGCGUGCAUGUCCUUUUGCGCGCAUGAAUAUCAAACGGAUCAAACUGCCUCACUUACCCCUCUCCCAACGCAAAAUUUACCCUAAGUGAGAGCUUAGUGUUAGCGUUGUGUUAGGGGAGGGGUAGGUGGGGGAGUGUCCGUAUUGUGUGUAGUUCAGUUUUUAUAGUUUAUUGACCUUCAUCUUAAAAUAAAAACACAGGAAGAAAAAAAAUCAAACAAAACAAACACUUAGACUUGGUAGCCACUACAGCGCAAAAAGCUUAGUGAAGUUCCAUGCAAAAACUGAAAAGUCUCGAUACGAGAAAAAAAAAGUGGAGAAGAACAGCGAUAGACCAAUUUUCAAUAUGUUAAAUUCAUACUUGGCUCCAAGGCUAAGGGGAAUAAAACAAAGAAAUCAUUUUGAGGCUCAGCGAUGAGUAAUACACUUUUUUGUUUUAUUUCCCCAGGCCUCGUAGCUAAGUAUGAAUUUUUAUGUAUCUAAAUUGGUCUAUUGAGAACAGUUUUUUAUAGGUGAUUUCUUGACCUCACCUUCUUUCUAUUUAACAUGCUCUUGGUUCUGCUCUGUUUGUUAAUAUUUCUUCUGUUCGCUCAGGCCGAAGCAGACCUUGGCGCCUCUGCAGUAAGGAUUAAGGAAGAGUCCGCUGCCCUUAGCGUACGUGAUGCGCAGCUUAAACAAGAAGAGGAGAGACUGAAAAGAGAGAAGCAAGAAUUCGAGAGACAGCGGAGUGGAUUUGAUGAAGAAAGGGACAGGAUUGGAAAACUAGGACUUGAAGUGCAGAAGCGGUCACGUGAAAUUGAUGAAUUGUGCUCUGUAUGUCGCUGUUCGCUUAUUGUGUCUUUUGUUUUUCUUUCUGUAAUUCAUGUCGUUAAUAUGGUUAUGAUUAUGAUUAUAAUUAUGUAGCAAUUAGUUCGACAUUUAUUUCAAGGGUAAUCAGACUUCAACCUUAAGGUACAGUGAAACGGGCAACAAGAGACAUGCAACUUGUUUUGCGACAUUGCUGCAAAACGGGUUGAAUAGCGAUGUUGCGCGUUUUACCACCCACGAAUCAAAACUGUCUUGCAGCAAGUCAGGUUGUUAACAGGUUUGAACAAGGGUGGCAAAACGCGCCACAUCGCUAUUCAACUCGUUUUGUAACAAUGUUGCAAAACAUGUUGCACGUUUUUGUUGCCCGUUUUAUCAAAGCUUUAGUAAUCUUUAUUGUUAUUUACCCAGGAUGCCGCUCGGGUGCGUGACGAUGGAGAGCACGCCCUGGAACUAGCGGAACGCGUACGAGUGAACGCUGACAGUCAGCGGGCGGAGGCCGAAGGAAUGCUGCUGGUAAUACAAGAAAAAGAACGACAGCUGGCACAGGUAAACUGACUGAAAGAUUUCGUACUUUUGAAAUAAACAGUAAAUUGCUAAGUUGUAUAAUGUUAAAUAUGUUAUUUCAUGUUAAUUUUUUAUUCUGGGAUUUAAAUACAUACAAGCGUAUUUUGAAAGACUACCCGCUGCGUACGAAAAACACGUCAUUUUCGCUGCCUAUAUCGUCGUUUACUAGAGACUAUGCCGGAAUAUAGUUUUUGACAUAAGUCUGCUUUAAUAGCCCACGGUCGAUAUGAUAAAAUUCUAACGUGACUCCGAGGCUUUAGGAACAAAAUUUCAAAUUUUUCACGACUCCAUUGUCUCGCAAUUCCCAGAAGAGACUUGACCGAAAUAGAAAAAUAACCAGAAAGCCUGGGAGUCAUGUUAGAAUUUUAAUAUAUCGAACGUGGACUACUGGAGAAGAGGAGUGUUUUGCAGGCUUGAUGACCAUAUUGAAAACUAAAGUAUUUCGUGUAAUUAACACCAUUUUCAGUUUAACUUGCCUUUACCAACUCUUGUGUAUUUUAGAUAUGUGUUAGGUAUUCUUUUCAUAAUAGAUGUCCUAUCUCUUUCGAUCUCUAUUAUCAGGACCGUCUUGCUAUUGCGCAUGAGCGGCGCUUGUUGGAGAAAGACAAACAGGCAGGACGGUGUUGGCAGUGUGAGGGACGGCGAACAGCUGCCGCUGAACAGAUACAUACUACAGGUUCAAACUCUUUAUAACUGAGCUUAGCAAGGCUUGCUUUUUGGGGUUCGGGGGGGGCAUUUUAGUUGAACUUUAAUUUCUUGCAUCGUUGUGGUUUUCUUGUUUUCCCUGUACUGUCCAUUUCUUGCUUGUUUCUAACAAUUAGAAUAAUGAUCAAGGGAUAAUAUAAACAUAAAUUAUCUCGGGCAUCUUUUAAGAAUUGUAAAUACAUGUCGGUAAAUAAUAUUCUGAGACAGAGCCUCUACUUCCAUUCUAGUGCCUGCUCCAACUGGAAGAUAGUGUGUCUGCUGUUUAGUUUUGUAAAGUAAAAACAGCUGAAGAAGCCUAAUCAGCUCACGUACUGACUUUAAGAUUUCAUUACCAGACUGAUCAAAACGUUUGAAAUCAAGAUGUAAGUUACUAACCGUGUCAAGACUACGGGAAAAACGCUGUUCUAAAUUUUGUAUUCCAGAUUAGUUUCAAAGGUAAUUCGACAGGGAAAAAGCCUUUAAGGCAAUUAAAUUCAAAUUCAGUGUGUAUUUUACCACCACAGACAAGCUUUAAAGAAUAUUUAACGUGGUAGCUCCAAAAUAUCGAGGUUAAUACGCAAAAUUUAAAGAACGAGUACUGGGUAGGAGACUUCAAGACUGAACCUUAGGGCUUAUCCUAAGAGGUACAAGGUAAAUUCAUUUCAAUUGAGUGCACGGACACUUACCCUAUUGAAUUGAGGUUGAGAAACUAGCAGAGAAGACAAAAACACAACCACAAACCUUUUUGUGAGAGCAAAAGAACGAAAAAUUUUAAAAACAAAGUAACCCAACUUUCUGUUAACCAUGUUUCAAGAAGUUAACGUACACUUUUUCUUUCCUAUUCCCUUGAAGAACCAAAAUGCCAACCAUCCUUGGCAUUCUUUGCGGAAUUUUUGACGGGAAAUGACAUGCACUUAUGUCUCUGCUAUAAAACAUUGUUUUGACAGUGUCUGAAAAUUUUCGUCUGGUAGGAAUUCACUCUUCACUUCCUUCCUUUACGCAUUUUGAUGUAGUGAGUUGCGCUGUUUAUCUUGCUUUACAGACUCACCCGCAGUGGUUAGUCAAUCCUCCCUCUUAGCGUCGGCUCCUGGAACGCCUGAUUUGUUAGUUAACAGUCUGGAGUUGAAAAGAACACUAAGGAAAUGGUCACAUGACAAAGAAAAGGUAAAAGAAGACGGAAUCAUCGGUGAUUGUUUUCCCGUUGAUAUUUGGUUUUCUCCUUCCCGGUCCUCCCAGGUGAACCCCAACUCCACCCGUUCGAUAGCCUGGGCACUAGAGGGUUUUUUCGCGUCCGCGCGCGUGCGGCGGGAAUCUUCCUCCGACGCCACUGGUCACAAUAAAGAUGUCAAUAAAGACUUGACUCAAACUGGAAAUCGCGCGUGCAAUGUCUUUGGCACCCAGGGUACCCGUUCGAUGCCAAUGCUUUGUUGAUAUGUUUUAAAGCGUUAAAAUAUAGAAAUUAAGUUCGCCAUGAAAAUAAAGGAGCGUGGCGUGACAAACCAACUAAAGACUCGGCGUCGGAGACUUACCGAGCACUAUUCUGCAAGCAAGCCCACAGUUAAUCGAAUAGCAAAUGGGCGGAAUAGAAAAGCCUGAGAAGCAUUAAUAAAUUUUCAAAAUCGAAGGCUCCCAGGUGCGGAUGCAAAAAAGUUAGAAAGGGUGGCGGGGGGGACUACACUUAUCAGGUAAAGGUACUAUUUAUUUUACUUGGAAUUCGUUAAAAAUACGAUAAAAACUCACAGAAUUGGGUUUUGGGAGGGGGACGGGCUAGGCUCGGAUUGCUCGGAAUUAAAACAUAUCUUGCAUUUUAUUGUAUCCCGAUUGUAAGAUGGUGGCUUGACAAUGUUCACCUGAAUGUUAAUUAAACACCAAAGUGCUCGACAUACUUCGCAAAAUUUGCUAACCAUAAUUGUGCGCAAUGACCCGAAGGUGUUCAUAGGAGUAGAAAGAAAUUAGGAGCCCGACCGAAACGCGCGUAACUUUGUGAUUUAUGUCCUUAUCAAGACAGUCGAUUAGGUCAAUUGUCUAUCACAAAGGUAGUGAUUAGCUGACGUUUUCAACGGUAGCCUUGAGAAGGUCGAUAAAGAGCUUCGCUCUCUUUACAGCGGGAUUAUCAACCUAAACAAUUCAGUUGAUUAAAAAUAAAACUUUCAUGCCACUUCGUUUAUUUGCCGACUAUUCGUUAACUUAACGCAUGUGAUGGUAAUAUAUCUCAACUUUGCAGUUUUCAACCUUUCUCAGCAAUCACCGAUACCGUUCCACAAAACAUAGCCGCUGGGAACGUUUCGCCCGAAACGUCGCCAGCGGCGAAGAGCGAGGAGAAACGGAUGUUUUCGCAGGCUACUCAAAACACAACUCUUAACUGUGGGGAAACCUGGUUGAAUAAUGCAGUUGCUCCGCGUUUUCCCAAUUAUUAACUUUUCCAAGGUCAAAACAGUAAAUUGAUUUUACUUUUUUUAUGCUUUAUUUUUAGGAUGAAGAAUUCCUCGAGCAGGAAGCCCAGUUUCUUAACAGACUUCAGAAGUCACAUGACACCAGCAAGCACAAAUCAAGCUUGCCUCUUAAUUCAACAGUUUACUAAUAGUUUGUUGCGUGAGUCUCCAGAGAUCGUUACAGAGGUUAGCAGCACCUUUACGGCAACCCGCAAACUACAGAGAGGGCCAUAAGAUUUUUAAUGUAUCCGGCAACGAUGAAAAACUAAAAGUUUGCAAUUGCGUUUUGCAUGAAUGUGAACUCAUAGUUCUUCGUGUUCAAAACAGCAAAUAACGGGUCUGUACAGAAUGAGCUUCAACGUCGACAUUUUCUUGUAAAUACCAGCGUGGUUUAGUAUUAUUUGUAAUCUGUAAUAUUUAAUUUAGAAAAGUACAAAAUUUCUUUUUAUAAAAUAAAGCUAAAAAAAUACAUUUUUUAGCUAUUUUUACAAUACCAAAGAAAAGUGUGGCUGAAAAGGUGUUAUUUUAAUGCUUGAACGGUCACACUUAAGGAUUGCUCAUCAGCUAAAAGCUAUAGAACCACCUUGUACAGCAUAAUCAACAGCACAAUAGGGUUAAGCACUAUUCCGUAGCUUUCAUUGAAAUAAUCACACCACAGACUCGAAUAAAUUACGCUACAGGAAAGUAUUGCGUAGUAGGUGGUCAUCUAGAGACUCGAUAGCUUUCACGCGAAUGCCACAUCCUGUAUAAAUGUCGUGUUUGUUUGUUUGUAAGUUGGGCCAUCUCUUUGUAAGGAAGGUUGUUUAAAAAAAUGUUUUUUAUACUAAUAUAGCUGUUGAGGAAAAUCAACUCUGAUGCCCCA